GCUUGCAGUUCUGUGAGAUCGACUCCGAUGUUGUAGCUCUGCUUCCACCGCCCAGAUACUGACAACAUAUUUUUCACCUUCGUUCAGAGGUUCGCUCCGCUGCGAGAACACCGAACACAUUUGCUCUGAAGCGGCAGAGCUUCAGCCCACUCCCACUCCAUUUCAGUUGGCCCCCUUCCACCCCACGAGAGGAAGGUCGACGGGGGCCGAGAUGGACGCGGCGGUGCAGGAGGCGAAGCUGCUGCGGCAGGUGAACGCCCUCAUCGUGGCGCACCUCCGCGACCAGAACCUCACGCAGGCCGCCGCCGCCGUCGCCGCCGCCACCAUGACCCCCAAGGCCGACGCCUCCGUCCCCAACCACCUACUCCGCCUCGUCGCCAAGGGCCUCGCGGCCGAGCGGGAGGAGGCGGCCAGGGGAGGCGGAGCUCCCGCCGCGUUUGACUCCGGUGCUGGCGGCGGUGGGCUGGCGCGCCCGCUCGGCACCAAUGCCGUGGAUUUCAGUGUGCAGAAUGUUAGGGGCCCGUCCAAGACUUUCCCCAAGCAUGAAACCAGGCACAUCUCCGAUCAUAAGAAUGUUGCCAGAUGUGCAAAAUUUAGUCCUGAUGGGAAAUAUUUUGCAACUGGAAGUGGGGACACAUCCAUUAAGUUCUUUGAGGUAUCGAAAAUUAAGCAGACGAUGUUAGGAGACUCCAAAGAAGGCUCUGGCCGGCCUGUGGUCCGUACAUUUUAUGACCACGUGCAGCCCAUCAAUGAUCUGGAUUUCCAUCCUAUUAGCCCAAUACUGAUAUCUGGAGCAAAAGAUAAUACGAUAAAGUUCUUUGACUUCUCCAAAACUGCUGCAAGAAAAGCAUUCAGAGUUAUUCAGGAUACUCAUAAUGUUAGGUCUGUAUGUUUUCAUCCUUGCGGGGAUUACAUUUUAGCAGGGACUGAUCACCCAGUAGCUCAUCUCUAUGAUGUAAACACUUUCACAUGCUUCUUAUCCGCAAAUCGGCAGGACUCUAGUGCUGCCAUCAACCAGGUGCGUUACUCGGGUACUGGGAGCAUGUAUGUGACUGCUUCUAAGGAUGGUUCUCUGCGCAUCUGGGAUGGAGUAUCUGCUGAAUGUAUCCGUCCCAUAAUUGGAGCACAUGGAUCUGUAGAAGCUACGAGUGCAAUUUUCACCAAAGACGAGAGGUACAUCCUAUCCAGUGGAAAGGAUUCGUGUAUAAAGUUAUGGGAAGUUGGCACCGGAAGACUUGUGAAGCAAUAUCCAGGUGGUGUUAAUACACAAUUCCGGUGUCAGGCUGCCUUCAACGAAACGGAGGAGUUUGUACUAUCAACCGACGAGCAAAACAAUGAGGUUGUCAUCUGGGACGCACUUACUUCCGAGAGGGUGGCAAGAUUGCCCUCUGGCCAUACCGGCGCCCCUAGGUGGCUGGAGCACUCCCCUGUAGAGCCAGUGUUUGUUACAUGCGGAAACGAUCGAUCCGUCAGAUUCUGGAAAUAAACGGCAUAGAUUCAAUCCAACCUAGCAUUCAAAUCACGAAGUUUGUUGUAUCAUGAGUACUUCAGGGUAAAAGAAAGGAAUGCUUGUAACUGUAGUGGCUGUACUUAUAGGAGUACAUGCUGUUGAAGCUUGACAUCGUACCAAACUUAGUAGGGUAAGAAUUUUUUUUUUGUCUGUUAUGGCAUUGAGAUUGUGAAAGAGAAAAAUCCAUCUACAGUCA